GUCAUUAAAUUUUCUGAAAUAAAGAUCUCGUUUCAACGUUGAAUGUUUUCAUUUGAUUUGUAAAACUUUUUGUCCUCAGUUAACAGCUUAAAUAAUGUCUAAUUUACGGUUUAAUUUAUUCAUGCUAUUCAUUACACUAUUCCCAUUAGAAGACGCGUGCAUCAUCAGCGUCCGCCACACUGGCUACCACGUGAGAUUCGGCCAUCAGAUAGCCAAAUGGAACCUUUCGGACUGCAACGAGACCUGUCUCGCGGACCCCAGCUGCAUAGGAUUUGAUUGGGAUCAUGCCAAUCCGGGUUGUUUCCUCUUCGGAAAUCUCGAUGAAAAUGCUACGAUGAUGUACGGCGUCGAUCAUUAUUAUAUUUAUAGGAAUAACUCGCUCUGUCAAGGAAAUAAUCAAUUCGAGUCGUGGGAACCGAUGAUCAAUAAAUCUCUGAGUGGCGGUGCUAGUCAGACUUCGUUUGCCGAAAAUUUGGGCGAAUGUGUCGUCUUAUGCCUAACUAAUGUCUACUGCAAAGGACUGAACUGGAAUCAAAUGGAAAACAAAUGCCAGAUAAUCACAAAUGCCAUCAAUGGACAUCCUGUAGACGAUGACAAUUCUUACUACUACAAACGUCUCUAUAUUCCAGAUGAGCCACCACCAACCACAACGUCGCCAGCAACACCGACGACCAAAUCGUCUCUAUUUGUUUCUCUCUCGCAGCCAACUACAACUACAAUUCACCAAGAAUCUACGACGACACCAACAACUACAACAGUUUACGUCACAGUAAGUCUUCUUCCAGCCACGUAUAAAACGACCAAUACCCCAAUGAUCCAGUCAUUUCCACUGACCACAAAAUCAACUGAGAAUCAAUCAACCAAUCAACCAAGUACACAAAAGCAGACCAAAGUGUUGCUGGCAGCGGCUACGAUUUACGAGACUGACUCCAACGUAAUGGCCAUCAGACCGGUCUACGUAGUCCUCGUCGGGUUGGGACUGGGCUGCAUAGCUCUAACGAUAACAGCAGUGGUCAUCCUCUGCAUGUACCCACUCAACAAGAAACAAAUCGCGAAGUCCGCACCAGCAUUAAACAACGCCGACAAACAUAGAGGUAACGAUCAGACAAAAUUAAUUGAGUCGACCGACAGCAAAAAGGGAUUCAAUACGGUGAACAGCGUUGGACUGGACUUCGAGAACCCCGCCUACCAAGAUAUGGAAGUUGUGGAAACAGAACACCGUCUGGACGAAGUUUACGCGAAAUAAAAUUGAAAAAUGAUUUUGAUACAUUUGAAGACACAGAUUUAUUUAUUGACUGCCUUUCAAUGUUAAUCAUGUUAUACGCUAAGUUAUUUUUUUGUCAUUCAAUGCUAAUACACUUUGAUCUUAAUUUAAUUUAUAAAAAUCAGACUUACACUGCAUAUACUUUUUUUGUAAAUAUGCUUCAAAAUACAAUUUCAA